GCAAAAUUACUCUCACUCUCACGCAAACCUCUUCAGAAGCUACAUCUGAUUUCCAACUGGACCUCAGCUCAGGACCACACAACUACAAUUUUGGUACCACGUUCUUUAGUCCGUUUUCCGUUAAAUUAGUGGAAUGACUGAUUCAGAAAGAGUUGCUGAGGACAGCGACAUGGAGUCUAUUGAAGAUAGUGACAACAUCCGAGUCAGUAACAUAAUUAUGAACAGACCAGAUUUAUUAGCUGCAUUACAAAAUCGUUUUCAAAUUGGCAAUGUUCUACAGAACUUGCCGGCUCCAGUAAAAAGACGCGUGAAAGCUCUCAAACAAUUACAACUCGCGCAAGUAAAUAUUGAGGCUAAAUUUUAUGAAGAAGUUCAUUUACUUGAGUGCAAGUACAAUAAAAUGUGCGCUGAAUUACACGACAAACGCAGCAAUAUCGUAUCUGGUAUUUACGAGCCCACUGACGAAGAGUCCGUUUGGGAAACUGAUAAUGAGGAAGAUGAUAUCGCAAAUGAUGUUAAGGAGAAGGUCAAGAUUGAAGAAGUUAAAGAUAAAAAGGACGAAAUGGAAACGGAUAACGUCAAGGGAAUCCCAGAAUUCUGGCUUACAAUCUUCAAAAACGUGGGAAUGCUCGAUGAAAUGGUCCAGGAACAUGAUGAACCUAUUCUCAAACAUCUUUAUGACAUCAAAGUUAUUUUCCUAGAGUCUGAUCCGAUGGGUUUCAUUUUGGAAUUCCACUUCGAGCCGAAUGAAUACUUUUCAAAUUCAGUUCUUACAAAAGAAUAUUUGAUGAAAUGUGUUCCCGAAAAAAAUGAUCCAUUCAGUUUUGAAGGGCCAGAAAUUUACAAGAGCAAGGGCUGCACCAUCGAUUGGAAAAAGGGAAAGAACGUGACAGUCAAGACAAUUAAAAAAAAUCAGAAACACAAAUCACGUGGUCAUGUGCGUACUGUCACUAAAACUAUUCAGAAUGAUUCCUUCUUUAAUUUCUUUACUCCACCUGUUGUACCAGAUGAUGCUGAAGUUGACAUCGAUGAAGAUAUGAAAGCUUUAUUGACCAGUGACUUUGAAAUUGGUCACUAUAUAAGAGAACGUAUCGUCCCACGUGCUGUCUUGUACUACACAGGUGAAGGUUUAGAAGACGAAGGUGAUGAUUACGAAGAAGACGAAGAUGACGACGAUGAUGAAAACGAAGAUGAUGAUGAUGAUGAAGAAGACGAUGACGAUGACAAUGAAUUUCCAAAUGAUAAAAAUAACAGAACAGAGUGAACAUUGAGUUCUAAAAACAAUAAAAUAUAAAUUCAUUUGGGCUCCAGUUUUUAAAAAUUUGUGAGUUAUUUGUCUCUGGUGAAAUUUUGGGAGCAGCUAUUUUAUAAAAAAAAUUAAUAUUGAUAAUAAGAAUAAUAAUAAUAAUAAUAAUAUUAAUAAUAAUAGAAACAAUUAGACUUGCCGUUUAAAUUUUUUAGUAUUUUUUAUUUUUUUAUUGAAAGAAAAAAAAAUUCCAUACAUAUUUAAUUAAUAGUACAUAGAAAAAAAAUGUUAUUUUAUAUGAUGUAAUAAAAGAAACUGGUUUCUGAUUUAUUUCAAUUAUAAUUAUUGUUCGUUUACGAUGUAUCGAAUAAAAAAAUUCAAUUUUGUAA